UACGCUUUUUCCGUUGCCUUAAGGAUUACUACGAUCGUGAUGAAACUUCACGAGAAGAAGGAGUCCGGAAUACACAGAGUGCAGGAGGUUCCCUUGAAGGAGUUGGACCUGUCGAAAGAGUACGAAGUGGAAAAGACACUCGGGGAGGGUAGUUUCGCGAAAGUUUUAUUAGCGACUCAUCGAGCGACGCAGACGAGGGUCGUCUUGAAAGCCGUCCACCAAGAGCUGACCACGGAGAAGGACUUUUUCCGCGAGUUUCAUUACUCGUACCGUUUAAGCCCGCACCCGAAUAUCUUGUGCUCGUACGCGGUCGCGUUCAAAGCCGAGAAGUGUUUCGUUUUCGCGCAAGAAUACGCCCCGUAUGGAGAUCUCGCGGGCAACGUGAGAGCCGGUGGCUUGACAGAAGAAGCGUGCAAGAGGAUCGCGAGUCAGCUCUGCUCCGCUCUCGAUUUCAUUCACUCGAAACAGCUGGCGCAUCGAGACAUAAAGCUGGAAAAUGUACUGGUGUUCUCGUUGGACAUGUCGAAGAUCAAACUGUGCGAUUUCGGCUGCACCAGGCGCGAAGGGACUCUGGUUAACAAAAUCCGGUGCACUUGGCUACCCUUUCAACCGCCAGAAAUCUACGAAAUCGUGAAGAACGAGAGGUACGCGUGCAAGAGGAGCGCCGAUUGCUGGCAAUUCGGCAUCGUGCUGUUCGUCUGCCUGACGGGAAAUCCACCGUGGCAGACCGCCGAUCUUAUCCAAGACCCCGAAUACUCGGCCUUCCAAAGGUGGUUGAAAAGGAGAACUACCAAAGUUCCACCAACGUUCAGACGAUUUACGCCCAGGUUACUGCGAUACUUUAGGCGGACGUUCGAGCACAAACCCGAGAAGAGGCCGCACGUAACCGAGAUCAAUAAAUAUUUGAAGGAUUCCUGGUGCGUGAACAAAAUCAGCCACAGUGCUACGUCCACGUUGGUAGACGCUAGCGAGGGUAUAGCGAGGAGAGGCGACAGUUUGCUUUACCUCGACACGAUUCUGGACGAUCAACGGAACGUGGACGAGAACAAGAACAAGCUGAGAAAGCUUCUCAACAGUUACGGCCUCGAGACAACGAUCGAUCAGAAAGUCGUCACUAAGAGGAUCUGGGAAUGGGUGAUGCAGUGCGAUUCGAACAUCGCCGAACCGGCUUUCGUUGGUAGCCUCGGGACAGAAAGCAUGUGAGAGAUGGUCAAAGCUUCUAGCGAACCUUGCCUUAGAAGCGAUCGACAGGAACGGAAGUACAGUUUCGGUGGCUUCGAUGCUGCUCGUGUCGGAGACGGUGACGGGGACGAAGACGGAGAUGACGACGCGCCGUCAUCGCUGCAGUGUGCCAAAGCAACGUCCGAAAGGACCACGACGAACUCGCCUUCGAUCUUCCACUAGAGAACGGUGCAUCCUCGCUUCUGCACCGUCGCGUCGGAUUUCCAACGAUCACCGAUAUGGACGCGGAAACGUGUGAUAAUCCCUCUAUCAUCUUUCACCUCUCGUUCUAUCUCUUCCGCACUUCCCUUCUCUCUUCGUCCCAUCUCUUCCAACUCAUCCACGUGCGCUCUUCUACUCCUCCUCUUCCUCUUCCUCCUCCUCUUCCUUUCCUCACCUCGCACCAAUCCUCGCUACAUCAAUCUUCUCUACGAGCGGACCAAUUAUCGACGAAUGUAUGUGCGUAUAUACACAAACAAGUAUAUAUUAUCACGUACGAGCAUCUUUCGUACGCUUCCUCUUGCGUGGAACAGCUUCGAGACGAGAAUUGCCUACAGACUGUACGAAAUAGCCGAGUGCGA